GCGCGUGUCCCCAUCAUGGCGGCGCCCCGAGGAGCCGCGGAGCCGCCCGCUGGGGCCCUGUGCGGGGACUACGUGGUGGGGCAGGUGGUCGGCAGCCUCUUCUCAGGUGGGGCGGCGGCGGUGCGGCCCCUGGCGGGUCUGUUCCGUGCCGCCGCCCCGCCGCCCGUGUUGGUGGCCGUGCCCAGGGAAAAUAAGAAAAGAAAGCGUACAGAAGCGGAGAAGGUGUCAGAGGGACAGAGCUCUUCUAUCAGAGAAGAACCUCCUAAGAAAGUGAAGAAAACCAGAAAGAAGGAGCUUUCAAAAGCAGAGGAGAAGUUGGCAAAGAGGGAGAGUGCUUUAGAACAGGCAGAUGAAGAUGAAGAGCGAAAACUGUUUCAGAGCAAAGCGACAAAAAAACGGGCUUCUCGUGCUGUCGCCAAGAGUGAUGUCAAUUCAGGUACAGGCAGAACUGUAAAACAAGAGAAGAAAAAGAAUGAGGCUGAAGAAAUGAUUAAAAACAAAAGAACGGUGUUUGUUGGAAAUCUGCCUGUCAACUAUACUGCUCAGAUGCUGAAGUCUCUUUUCAAAGAAUAUGGACAAAUAGAAUCCAUUCGAUUCCGUUCGGUGGUUCCAGCAGAAGUUGCUUUAUCCAGAAAGUUAGCAACCAUAAAGCGUAAGAUUCAUCCUAACGUGAAGUACAUUAAUGCUUAUGUUGUAUUUAAAGAAGAACAUGCUGCUGUUAAGGCUCUAAAAAAAAAUGGAACAGAAGUUGCUAGUGGAUUUCACAUCAGAGUUGACAGUGCAUCAAAAAACAGUCUGCAUGACAACAAGCGAUCCGUAUUCUUGGGAAAUCUCGCAUAUGACAUCAGUGACAGCGCUGUGCGAGAGCACUUUGCUGACUGUGGAGACGUAGUGGCGGUGCGAAUUGUGCGCGACAGACAGAGCGGCAUGGGGAAAGGCUUUGGCUACGUUCUGUUUGAGAAUACAGAUGCUGUACAUCUCGCUCUGAAGCUCAACAACUCUGACCUGAUGGGACGAAAACUCCGCGUGAAACGCUGCUCUGAGAAGGGCAAAGCCCCACAGAAAAGCACCACCAGUCGGUCUCAUGGCCCUAAGGCCAGAGCUCAAACCACGCUGAAAAACAAGUCAGGCUCUCAUGAUUCAUUUGUUGGCGAAAAAGCAAAUCCAGCCAAAAAGAGCACCAAGCCCAAAAGACUGAAAAGCAUUACUAAAAAGAAAGGUGGGAAAAACAAAUAGCCUUUUGAACAGCUAACCCAUCUAUGUAAAAAAGAAAAAAAAAAAAGAAAAAAAAAAGUUGGUUCUUUUUAAUAAAGCCGAUGAAUACAAGGGC